AUGCUGGUGGUCAUUUGCAUCACUGUUACUGCUCAAACUUUGGCAGUGGGAUUAGAGGAGCCUUUGGAACCCCUAACUCCUGAAUCUAAACCACUCUUUUUCUCCCUCUUUCUUUACAGCGGGGCAUUUUCUGAAGUGGUUUUGGCUGAAGAGAAGGCAACUGGAAAGCUCUUUGCGGUGAAGUGCAUCCCUAAGAAGGCACUGAAGGGCAAAGAAAGCAGCAUAGAGAAUGAGAUAGCCGUUCUCAGAAAGAUUAAGCAUGAAAACAUUGUGGCCCUGGAAGACAUUUAUGAAAGCCCAAAUCACUUGUACUUGGUCAUGCAGCUUGUAUCCGGUGGAGAGUUGUUUGAUCGGAUAGUGGAGAAGGGAUUUUACACAGAAAAAGAUGCUAGCACUCUGAUCCGCCAGGUCUUGGAUGCUGUCUACUACCUCCAUAGAAUGGGCAUCGUCCACAGGGACCUCAAGCCUGAAAAUCUGUUGUACUACAGUCAAGAUGAGGAGUCCAAAAUAAUGAUCAGUGACUUUGGACUGUCAAAAAUGGAGGGCAAAGGAGAUGUGAUGUCCACGGCCUGCGGGACCCCCGGCUACGUUGCUCCUGAGGUCCUUGCCCAGAAACCUUACAGCAAAGCUGUUGACUGCUGGUCCAUCGGGGUGAUUGCCUAUAUCUUGCUCUGUGGCUACCCUCCUUUUUAUGAUGAAAAUGACUCCAAGCUCUUUGAACAGAUCCUCAAGGCAGAGUAUGAGUUCGACUCCCCCUACUGGGAUGACAUCUCCGACUCUGCAAAAGAUUUCAUUCGGAAUCUGAUGGAGAAAGAUCCAAAUAAAAGAUACACGUGUGAGCAGGCAGCUCGGCACCCAUGGAUCGCAGGUGACACAGCCCUCAACAAAAACAUCCACGAGUCCGUCAGCGCCCAGAUCCGGAAGAACUUCGCCAAGAGCAAAUGGAGACAAGCAUUUAAUGCCACAGCCGUCGUGAGACAUAUGAGAAGACUCCAUCUUGGCAGUAGCCUGGACAGUUCAAACGCAAGCGUUUCGAGCAGCCUCAGCUUGGCCAGCCAAAAUGAUUGUCUGACGCCCUCCACGCUCUGUAGUUUCAUUUCCUCUUCGUCAGGGGUCCCAGGAGUGGGAGCGGAGCGGAGACCGAGGCCCACCACUGUGACAACAGUGCACUCUGGAAGCAAGUGACUGGCUCUGGAGGUGGGGCCCAGGGGCAGGGCCUCGGGCAGAGCCAGGGAAGGGGGCCCCCAGGGGCCGCCAGUGCCACCAGCCACCCCAGAGUGAUCCCACCUUGCAUGGUACGCCUACCUGCACAGGACUGGAAGACAGAAGUUUUUUAUGGCCAUAUUUUAUACUGCAAUUCUGAAGUGUUCAUUUCUCACAAACUGUACUGACUCAAGGGAGCUGAUUUAAUAGGACUUGGUGCUGUAUAUAUGAAUCUUGCAAAGCUCUAAUGGAACGGACUUUCUUUCUCCUCUCCCCAGCUUCCGUCACUUCUGCUUCUCUCAGUAUAGGUAACCGUCUAUGUUGUAUUUUUUCAUUAAUGACAAAAAAGGUUUCAACUGGAUUAUUUAAGUAUUGGUAAAUAUUGUGCAUUAGGGUUUUUUUCCUUUUAAGAUAUAUGUUCUGGCAGUCUAUACUUAGUUACAUGACCUAUAUGAUUUGCUUGUUGGUAGUAACGUUUUAUGUUAACCGUUAAGAGAUUUAUUCCCUCCAAGGUGAAUUUCAAGGUAUUUUUAAAAUUUCUAAUAAGAGGAUCGAGAAUCUGUCUCCAAGGUGAAGAGUGCACUUUACUUCUGCUUCUUUUCUCUCUCUCCCCUCCUGGGAGGGGCAGCUCUCUCAGAAGACAGCUGAGCAGCUCUGCAGGGCCGGCUUCUCCCAUCGCUCUCGGAGGGGCCUGCAGAACCCUCUCCCAGCAGCUCCUCCAGCAAACCCCCACCAACCAGAGGAGCCUAGGAGCCUCUUGCCACCAGCGUUCAGAAAUGAAGAAGCCUGCUCCCCCAAGACUAAAACUUUAGAGGCUAGACUUGCUGUGAAGGAGAUGCCCACCCAGCAGAUGCUUAAGGACCUUUCUCACAAAAGGGACAAGAUGCCAUUUCGUUUAAAGUGAACUUUCCACACUGCUCUCAUUUCUCCUGGGGGGUAACCAUGGAAGCUCUGCUCUCAGCUAUGCAGUUUUCAAAUUAAUCGCUCUUUCUCUCUGUUUUUAAAAAAUGCAUUUCUAAUCUUACACUUAAAAUGACCUCCAACUCACAUAACUUGUUUCUGCACAUUUUUACUCUGUUCUUGUAUGAAUAUUAUCUGGAGGAGGAGAGGGAAAUGGCCUUGGAAAAGAAUUUAUCUGGGGUGGUAAGGAGAGGUGACCUGCCAAACAAGCAGGACACGGGCUGCAGUGAUGGCCAGAGAUGGUCUCAGCCAGGCCCAGCUGGCACUUGAAGCUGUCUCUCUAAGCAGGGCUAUCUGAAAACCAAAGACUUGUGAUGGAGGGACUGAAGAAUUUCCUGGGGUGUAGGACGCGCAGUGCUAAUAUUGGGAAUGACCCAGGCAAACCAGGCCAUGUUGUUCACCCACGUGGUGGAUGGGUGUGCAAGAUAGAGCAAGCACAGUGUGAAAUCCAGGGCAAACCACUUUUCAAGGAAACUUCAAGGAUGCUGUCUCGUGGAGGCAAGCAGGUGGCUUCAAAUGCCAGCUUUGCAAAAGCCCUCCCUCGAUGGCCAUGCAAUGCCGUGAGUCUGCAUUCCGCACAGUCAGCUCCAGGCCAUUGCGUGUCCUUGUGUAGGCCUGCUGAUGGUCCAGUGACUUUCCUAGCUGUUGUCCUCACGCUUUGCUCCUGCAGUUGGCCAGACUUGGCAGGUCCUGUUGGUCAAGCCAUUCUCAUCACUUCCACAACUUUGCCUGUGUCCAGGCCAAAUGUUUAGGGACAGCCUCCCCCCAACGCACACACACACCCACACAGAAUUAUUAGCGUCAGAGCUCCAUCCUGCCUCCUUUAGGAUGGCAGUGCAAGUAUGCAUAAGAGCAGCUGGAAAGACAGGGAGCUGGUCUACCCUGUUCCCACAUAAGUCAUAGGCACUGAGCCCUUGGACGGGAAUCCCACUCGGCACCUGCCACACAUGCAACCAGAGUAAAAUCAGGCUGUCACUCUUCAAAAUCUGUAAAAAGCUUGGAAAACAAUAAAAUGACAAUAGACCCAGUUAA